UGGCACAUGUGCAUAAUAUCCAAUGGGGAAAAUGGGAAAAAAACGAAAAUUUCCUAUAUUUUCUGAACACACCUCGUACAUAUGUAGAUGCAUCUUAAUAAUAACGGUCACCUAUAGUAAAAACCUGUUUAUUUUGUUAAUAUGUUCAUUAUUUUUUGUCGCGUUUUGAUGGUCAAUAAUUCGACCAAAUACAAACUUAUAACAGCAAAUAAUAAAACACAUUCUAGAUAAAAUAAAAAACAUAUUUCCAUUAGUUUCACCAUCAUCUAAUGUUAUUGUGACAAACCCUUUAACCUAAAUAAAAAAAUGUAAUUAAUCACUUUUUGACAUAUAACUUUUUCUGUACGUUCAAAUUGUCAUAAAUUUCGUGUAUACUCAAAAAAACGUUUUUUGUAAUAUGUAACUUUUUAGUAUGGAAGAAGAAUUUUCGUUACUACUAUCAGAAAUAAGUACCAAUGAUUUGUUGGAAACAGGCGAUGGAAAAUUCGUGAACUCAUCCACUUGUCCGACAUCAUCUGAUAACAACUCAAUCACAACCUCAAUAAGUGAGGUUUUCCCGGAAAAUGACCAGGUAACCACCCUCAAACGAAAGCUGAAACUGUGCCAAGAAAAAUGCCACAAAUACGAGGAAGAGAACAAAAAACUUUCGGACGAACUGUUCCAGGAGAGGCUCAGAAGCGGCAAAAUGCGAUCCAAGUUGGAGUUCGUCAAGGACAACCAGGAUGUGUUUAUGAGACUCAAAGAGGCGUACAUCAACAUGAGGUACAACGAAUCUGCCGGGAGAAAGAUGGUGCAAGUCAGGGAAAAAGGUCUGCAAACGUACGAAGGAAUUUUGUGUAGGGCUUGCGUCAGCACUGAGCAAACCAGGAAAUACUUGAACAGUGCUUUGGAGCUGUACAAAGACGCAAAAAUAUUGACCAAAGACGAUUUCGACAAAAUCUCUGCAGCAGUUAAUUUUAUCAGAAGUAUGGUGCAAAAUCGGGAAAAAGAGUGGAGCACCAACUUUAAAAGAGAGUCAAUGUACAGAAAUCAAAUUGUGGCCUUAACCAAGGCAAAUGAAGUCCUGAAAAGACAUGAUGCAAGCUCAGUAAACUUGGAUGGCAUGAAGAAAGAGAUACAAAUUUUGAAGAAGAUCGUUAUCAAGAUGGAGCAAAGGCAUAGGCAACCCAACAUAAAUAAUACAGGCGAUGAACUAAACAACGUUUACUGCUUGGAUCAAUCAGAGAAGGAUGUUGUCGAUGAACUAGUCUCAAGAUUUGAUCAAAGAGUUAGAGAAAAAAAGAAAACAAAACGCAGGGCCAGAUCUAAACAUGGCCAUGUGAAAUUUGAGUCAAGUGAUGUUGAAACUACAUUGGAUUUAACCAUUUCUUUAAAUGGAACAAUUCCUGAAGAAUUUACCCCAAUUAAUUAAAAAUGAAAGCUGUAUUGUACCAAAUAAACUUAUAUAAUUUAAGAGUCAUUCAUAUCAGAAAAAAAUACAAAAU